CUCAUUCAGCAGCCAGCUCCAGGCGAGCGCCUCCAAAGCACACCCGUAGGAGCGGCAGCCUCCGCAGCCCCUGGGCUCCCAGCCGGCCCUGCUCCCGCCUCCUUCCCGUCCUCGGCCAUGGCCACCUCCGGACGCCUCAGCUUCACGGUGCGCAGCCUCCUGGAUUUACCCGAGCAGGACGCGCAGCACCUGCGGAGGCGGGAGCCAGAGCCGCGCGUCUCCCGACGCCCCGGCCCCUGCGCCAUCUGGCUGGAGUCGGAGCGCGGCCACUACCCCUCCUCGGACGAGAGCAGCCCGGAGACGAGCGCCCCCGACUCGUCACAGCGGCUGUCCCCGCGGCCCGCGUCACCAGGCUUGGACGCUGAGAAGAAGAAGAAGCGACGGGUGCUGUUCUCCAAGGCGCAGACGCUGGAGCUGGAGCGGCGCUUCCGGCAGCAGCGCUACCUGUCGGCACCCGAGCGCGAGCAACUGGCACGCCUGCUGCGCCUCACGCCCACGCAGGUCAAGAUCUGGUUCCAGAACCAUCGCUACAAGCUGAAGCGCUCGAGUGCGCCAGGGGCCGUGGAGUCUCCGGACCUCUCCGCCGCCGCGGAGCUGCGCGCCGCGCCCAGCCUGCUGCGCCGCGUGGUGGUACCGGUCCUGGUGCGCGACGGGCAGCCGUGCGGUGCCGGCGGCGAUGCGGCCGUGGCCCAGGACGGAUGUGGCGUCCCUCCUUCCACCGCCGCCUCUUGCCCUCUGCGGGGCUACGCGGCCUUCGGGUCCGGCUCAGCGCUCAGCCUCUUCCCAGCUUACCAGCACUUACCGCCCCCCGCCCUGGUCUCCUGGAACUGGUGAGGCUGCCGCGGAGCGCCAGCAUCUGGGGCUUCCCGGGACCUUGGAGCGCGCUCUGGGGCUGGAGCGGAGCUGUAGCCGAGCCGGAUAUGUGGAGAGCCCUCCUGUGGGCCCCACCUCCCCGGCGCCGGGACCCUUGGCCCACCCUUUCCAGCAGUUGCAGAUGCGUACGCAAGGAAAUUUCGGCAAGAUCUACCCUCUCCCCUUCUUUCAACCGCCAAACCCAGAACUCGAUUUCAUUGCUUGACCUUACUUGUGUAUUUUUAAAUAGCGAUUUGUAUGGGCAGCAACUUAUUUUAA